CCUCACGCACAUCCCCGCUCCUCCCCGCGGUCCCACACUGCCUGGAGAGCUGGGGCCGGCAGCCUGCGCUCUGCGGAGAGAAAAACACAUUUUUGCUGCAAGGACAAGUUCCGCCGGUAGCCCGGCUCUCAGCCGGCCCCUCCGAGGCACAGAUGGAAAGAAGUGGUCCCUAAAGGGCCCUACAGGGCUUGGUGUCUCUGAGCCAGGAGUGCCAGUGAAGUCACAGCUUGGCUGGGCUCCACCCAGAGAUCUCGUGGUUUCCUCUGCCUGCCAGGCCUGCCUGGAAGGCUGCAGGGAGGUUCAGGGUUUCUCUUGCUGUCCACACCUGGGCGAGAGCUGAGCGGAAGAGAAGGGGUCCUCAGAGAGACACCUUCCUGACCGGCCCCAUUCCAGCUGGAUGCCAUGUGACUCGGAGGAGCUGGUGGACACUGAACAGGAGCCGCCCAGAGGCUCUGGGGACUGGAGCCCUCGGCCGCGGCCAGGAUAGAUCCAAGGCCCUGGGUCAGAGCAGGCAGGGCUCGGCCAGUCCUCUGCCCCAAACGGGGCAUCAGGAGAGAGAGCGAGCAGAACACACUCCUGCAGCAUCCCCUGGCCCCCCGCCCCAUGAUGGAGCCCAGAGAAGCUGGACAGCAUGUGGGGGCUGCCAACGGCGCCCAGGCGGAUGUGGCCUUCAACCUCAUCAUCCUGUCCCUCACCGAGGGGCUCGGCCUCGGUGGGCUGCUGGGGAAUGGGGCGGUCCUCUGGCUGCUCAGCUCCAAUGUCUACAGAAACCCCUUCGCCAUCUACCUCCUGGACGUGGCCUGCGCGGAUCUCAUCUUCCUUGGCUGCCACAUGGUGGCCAUCGUCCCCGACUUGCUGCAAGGCCGGCUGGACUUCCCGGGCUUCGUGCAGACCAGCCUGGCAACGCUGCGCUUCUUCUGCUACAUCGUGGGCCUGAGUCUCCUGGCGGCCGUCAGCGUGGAGCAGUGCCUGGCUGCCCUCUUCCCGGCCUGGUACUCGUGCCGCCGCCCACGCCACCUGACCACCUGUGUGUGCGCCCUCACCUGGGCCCUCUGCCUGCUGCUGCACCUGCUGCUCAGCGGCGCCUGCACCCAGUUCUUCGGGGAGCCCAGCCGCCACCUGUGCCGGACGCUGUGGCUGGUGGCAGCGGUGCUGCUGGCUCUGCUGUGUUGCACCAUGUGUGGGGCCAGCCUUAUGCUGCUGCUGCGGGUGGAGCGAGGCCCCCAGCGGCCCCCACCCCGGGGCUUCCCCGGGCUCAUCCUCCUCACCGUCCUCCUCUUCCUCUUCUGCGGCCUGCCCUUCGGCAUCUACUGGCUGUCCCGGAACCUGCUCUGGUACAUCCCCCACUACUUCUACCACUUCAGCUUCCUCAUGGCCGCCGUGCACUGCGCGGCCAAGCCCGUCGUCUACUUCUGCCUGGGCAGUGCCCAGGGCCGCAGGCUGCCCCUCCGGCUGGUCCUCCAGCGAGCGCUGGGAGACGAGGCUGAGCUGGGGGCCGUCAGGGAGACCUCCCGCCGGGGCCUGGUGGACAUAGCAGCCUGAGCCCUGGGGGCCCCGACCCCAGCUGCAGCCCCCGUGAGGCAAGAGGGUGACUUGGGGAAGGUGGUGGGGUCAGAGGCUGGGGCCAGCCGGACCUGGAGGAGGCCUUGGUGGGUGACCCGGUCAUGUGCUGCCAAAGCUGUGGCCCUUGGUCCGGAGCAUGAGGCUCCCCUGGGAGGCAGCUGGAAAGGCAAGGUCCCUACAUGCCCAGGCAGGCGGGCCGGGUCUCUGGGGAGAAGGCCGAGGAACGUGCAUUUUUGGGAAACCUCCCCAACGGUUCACGCCCUGGCACUCGAGAGCUGCUGCUGCUACCCAUUCCCUGCUCAGCUGCAGUGAGGAGACCCCGGAAAGGAAGGAAGCAAGGCCAGACGCCAGGUGAGGGGCAGGUCCAGGCCUUUCCGCAGGCCACCUCCCCUCCCACUCCAGCUUCCUCAAUGCUGCAGGUGCACCCACAGAUAACACAACCAUCCCCUCAGCUCGCCUUGUGCCCGCUGUGGAAGCUAAAUUGACCCUAAAAUGGAAGACUGCCCAAAACUUGACCCCCUCCCCCGACGAACUGUAUCCAAAGCAGCCAGCAGCCUUUUUGUCCUGGGUCCGUUAUGUUGUCAUGGGUUUUAAGCGGGAAAAUGCGGUGAUACCGCAAAGCCACUCAUUCUAUCAGCAUAAGGGUGUGCAUUGAUCAAAAGCUGUACCCCCAACCCCAGCACAGAUGCUGUGAGGAAAAGCAGGGGCCGAGGCUUCCAGAAGGCUGUGGGGCCGUCCUUGAUCAUCAGCCAGUUGCUCAAGGCCGUGCACCUCAGACCGGGAUGAUGCAACCCUCACUCGGAGCUUCAGAAAAGCCGGCCCCAUGGGUGUCCCUGGAUAUUAGGAGGGUGCACCCUGGGUGGGUGGAGGGGCUUCUUACAGCCCCACCCAGCAGCCUGCAGCCCUGUCUCCCCACAGGACCCAGGUCUUCAGCAACCAGAAAGCUUCACACCGGCCCCAUCCAAGGCAGUUCACCCGCCUCUGUCCUGAGCAAGUCCCGCUCCAGAGGAUCCCUCUGAGGAAGGAACCCAGGCUUCACCCCUCAACAGGUUUCCGAGUUUCCGCUGAGUGCCAGGCCUGGCUGCCAUCCAGGAGCAUGUGCCAGGGGUGCUAGAGCAGGGGCUUUGGAGCCCACAGCCUGGGCUGAGCCCCGCUAGCCGCCCCACUGUGCUGCCAAGGCCAUCUCUGAACAUCCCUACACCUCUGUUUGCUGGUCUGUAAAAUAUGAGAACCCAGUGCUUUGAGGCCUGUCCAGCCUCUCGUGAGCCCAAGAGAAAUGUCUGUCGAUUCUACUGCCACCAACGCCACACAUCCAAGUCCACAGUGCAAUUCUUAGCCACAGACCAAGGCAUCUGAGAGUGUUUUCUUUGAUUUCUGACUCCGGCCUCCAUGGCUGGUGAUGGAAGGACAUUCCCUCUGGACCAUGACUGAACCAGUCCCUCUUGAGUCUGGGUGUGAGUCGCAGACCCCUGGUCAGCACCCUGGAAUCCGGCUGCACCGGGCCCCUCCCAGCCCACACAGUGCGUUCACCUCAGGCUCCCGCACGUGCCCAGCAGGCCUGGGUCCAGGUAUCCCUUGAGACUGGGAGCCCCAGGGGCUGGAUCCACCUCUCCUAGAGCACCUCCAGCCCCCACUUGGGGACUUAACCUCCUCCCAAAUUAUCUCCAGCCCAGGAUCUGCACAGGGCCCUCUCUCCCCACCUCCAGGACGUGAUUAGCAACUUCAGUUCCUCAGCUGGAGAAACAAGAACAGAAAGGGAAGUGGCCUGUCCACAAAUUCCUCUUUCAGCCCCAGGACAUAAACUUCCCCCAGAACAAGGAAGAACCAGGAGGAAAAGCACAGAUUCAUCUCACGGACAUGACCUCACCGUGGACGUGAUCCCGGGGAAUCCUUGUAAUAAUGUAGGAAGGUGCUCCCACCCUGCAGAUGAGCCGCCAAGGCUCCGAGGGGCUAUGUGGCUGUUCAGGACCACAGGAAAGCUGCAAAGCCAGAAAGUGACUCCCAGCACCACCCUCCCACCCCACACACUCCGCCUCACUGGACCAGGGCUGGCUCAGGUGUCCUCAGCCCCACACUGGCUCCCUCAACCCUGGCCCCAUCCCCACGCAGACCCCUUUGCUGCAUAAGGGUUCAGAGAGAUCGCGGACCCUUAGAAUGCUCACUUCUUCCCAGAGAGCCUGCCCUCAGCAUCCAGGGGAUUGGAGUGGCUCUAGAUUCCUCCUUAUUAGCCCCUUCCCGAGGAGUCCGGGAAAUGUGGCCUCAUCUGAGGUCUCCAUGGAAACUGAGCCCAGCCCGUCCCCACUCUAGUAGCUGCUGUGGCAGCAGGUAUAUUGCCUGAUGGCCCAGGAUGCUGGUGGGGUAUCCUCUUGGCCCCAGAUGUGCCAGCUUGGCCUCCAGUUCUGUGGUCCUUGAGCCCUCAGGACAUUAGGACCAUGUGGGCUGGCCUCCAAACUGGAGGCUGAGCUUCCGUCCAGGCUCCCACCUGCCCCUGCACAGCCUGCGCCUCCUCUGACCUCCCCCGCUGCACCUCCUCUUCUGCCCCCAGAGCCACAAGGCCCCACCAGGGACCCCUGGCUACCCUCGACCCCUAGACCCCACCCUGCAGGACCCUGGGGCCUCACUGCUCAAAGGCCACCUCCACCUGGGUCGCAGGCAAAGCUCCUCGGCCAGUGCCCAGCCCACCCCAUCCACCCGCAACCCCGGGCCCCUGCGGGGCUGCCGCGGUCAGCACAGAGUUCCCAAGAACAGGCGGCUACUCCUGGGGGCAGCCAACAUUCCAGGGAGCCUGUGUAACCCGCUCCAUCCUCAGGGCCCAGGGAGGCUGUGGGUGAGGACUGUGUGUGUGAGGACAGGAGCGGAGACAGGCCUGCGGCCAGCUUCCCCAUCCCCUCCCCAGCGCCCGGGUGCGAGUCUGUAAAUCAGCCUGCGCUGCAUGGCGUCUUCACGGGGAGAGGCAGGCUCACUCUUCAGCUAGUUCAUUAGCUCACACGCUGGAAAAAUAAAACCAAACAUCACACGUAAAACAUGA